AAUCCAUGUGCAGAGAGAGUGAGUGAGAGCGAGAGAAAUCAAGAGCUCUAAGCAAUUUGGCAAACAAUUUGUGAAACGUUUACAGUGCUGGCCAGCAAAAUGGAAACCCUUAUUGGCGAAUUUUAAAUCAACCAGUCGAACCACAAAUACAAGCCCACACCCGCACCGCGCACCAGCAGCUCCGCAUUCGCCACGAGACGCAGCAGCCACAAGAUGCAGCAGCCCGGCAGCAGCUACUACACGCAAACGGAGAGCGAGCUGCUGCAGCUGGAGGCUGGCGGUGGUGCGCCCUUUCCGCCGCAUCGCGGCAACACAGCCCAACCACAGCAGCAGCAACAGCAGCAGCCACAGCAGCAACAACCACAGCCGCAGCAGCUGCAGGCGGCGAGUGGCAGCACAUGCAACAACAACAAUUUGGAUGCCCCAUCGACGGCAGGGAGCAGCAGCGGGACGCCGUCGCAUUUUGUGUCGCCGCUGCAGAGACGCCACUGCCAGCCGCCCAACCAUCUGCCACUGAACUCGGUGGUGGCGACGCCGCUGCGCACCGCCAGCUAUAAGACGGCGGCGGCAACGGCGGCCAGUGUCUAUCAUCAUAGCCACCAUCAGCAGCUCGAUUUUCAGCGCAAUUCACAGUCGGACGAUGACAGCGGCUGUGCGCUCGAGGAGUACACCUGGGUGCCGCCGGGUCUGCGGCCAGAUCAGGUUCGCUUGUACUUUAGCCAACUGCCGGACGACAAAGUGCCCUACGUCAACAGUCCCGGGGAGAAGUAUCGCGUGAAACAAUUGCUGCACCAGCUGCCGCCCCAAGAUAACGAAGUGCGCUAUUGCCACUCGCUGAGCGACGAGGAGCGCAAGGAGCUGCGCAUCUUUUCGGCGCAGCGCAAGCGGGAGGCGCUCGGACGUGGCGCGGUGCGGCUGCUGUCCGACGAAAGGCCCUGCAAGGGGUGCGAGGAGCAGCUCUCCGGCGGUGACAUUGUGGUCUUCGCCCAACGUUUGGGCGCCCAGUUGUGCUGGCAUCCCGGCUGCUUUGUGUGCAGCGUAUGCAAGGAGCUGCUCAUGGACUUGAUAUACUUUCAGCGCGAUGGCAAUCUCUACUGUGGCCGCCAUCAUGCCGAGACACAGAAGCCGCGCUGCUCCGCUUGCGAUGAGAUCAUCUUCUCGGAUGAGUGCACGGAGGCCGAAGGUCGCACCUGGCACAUGAAACACUUCGCCUGCCAGGAGUGCGAGCAUCAGCUGGGCGGCCAGCGAUACAUUAUGCGCGAGGGCAAGCCGUAUUGCCUGGGCUGCUUUGACACCAUGUUCGCCGAGUACUGUGAUUACUGCGGCGAGGUCAUUGGCGUCGAUCAGGGCCAGAUGAGCCACGACGGGCAGCACUGGCAUGCCACGGAUCAGUGCUUCUCGUGCUGCACCUGCCGCUGCUCGCUGCUGGGACGUCCGUUUCUGCCGCGCCGCGGCACCAUCUACUGCUCAAUUGCGUGCAGCAAGGGUGAGCCGCCGACGCCGUCGGACACGAGCUCUGGCCCACAGUUGCGGCCCACGCAUCGCGCCUCCACUUCCAGUCAAAUAGCACGGUCGCCGCGCCGCACAGCCGAGUCGACGGGGCGUGGCAAGAGCAGCGGGGGCGGCAGUCAUGGACAUGCGGGCAAGAGCGCAGGCAGCGCGGGCGAUCUGCUGGAGCGGCAGGAGCGCAAGCGCAUGGAGGCGGUAGGCGUGGCCGAUCUGCUGCUGGGCGGCUGUGUGCCCGGCAUGCCACGACCCGCCCAUCCGCCGCCCAUAGACCUGACCGAGCUGGGCAUCAGCCUGGACAACAUCUGUGCCGGCGACAAGUCCAUCUUUGGCGACACGCAAUUGACCUCCUCCAUGCCGGACAUGCUGCUGUCCAAGGCGGAGGAUUCGCACAGCUAUCAGAGCAUAGACAAGAUCAAUCUGAACUCGCCCAGUAACUCGGACAUGACGCAAAGCACCCAGGAGCUGGGCAACGAACUGGAGCUGGACAAUGAGUCUGUGCGCGAGCUGGAGCUGCCGCACGAUGGCUACGAGCAGCUCUUUGCCGCCAAGCAGCGCAGCAAUCUGGACGAGAAGGAGGAGCAGCAGCUGCAGCAGCAUCAGCAUCAACUGGACAAUCGACCGCCACUGAAGGAGGUGCGCUUCCACAGCGUGCAGGACACCAUGUCGCGCUCCAAGAGCUACACGGAUAACUCGAAUGCGCGACGUCGUCGCCGGCGCCGCAAUCAAUCGCGCAGCUCCUCCGAGAUGCAGAUCAAUCAGACGAAUCUGCGACUGCACAAUGCCCAGACGCAGGCGGGCGGCGGCGCACUGAAUCUGCUAAACAAUCUGGACAAUUGCGAUGUGGCCAGCAUCUGUUCCACAUGCUCCUCCAGCUCCUCCAGCGACAUGGACGACUACGUUUACCGGCUGCCAGCGCGCAAGCACUACGGCGGCGUGCGUGUCGCCUAUGUGCCCAAUGAUGCACUCGCCUACGAGCGCAAGAAGAAGCUGGCCCAGGCGGGCGAUGCCAACGCUCUGGGCAACUCCUCCGCUGGCAGCUGCUUGGGCGGCGCCCAGUCGAGCUUGCCGGCGAUCAUGCACGAGAGCAAGAAUUGCACGAUAUCAUGACCACCUCCAAUGCUGCCGCCGCCGCCGCUGAAUCUCAGCAGCUAUUAUAUACUGGACACAAUAUUGGAGGAGCAGAGCCUCAGUCUGUUGCCCGAAAAGAAACCCGGCUGCCUGAGGCGCGUCUGGAACUUCUUUGGCCUGGGCAAGCCGCGUCCAGGCAAUGCACAGCGUCUGUAUAGCGUUUAAACCCGCAUAUCGGGGCUUUUGUAAAUGGACAUAUCGAUAAAUACCAUAUAAUAAUAUGCAAAAAAUAAUACACCAUAUAUUAACUAAGGAUUGGUGGACACAUUUAGAUAAGCUGUAAAGUGAGCUGGUAAGAAAAACACACACAUUUUCUUUUCCUUUAUUCUUCUUCUUGUAUAUUACAUUUAUCUCUGCUAUCCAACACAUACAACACGUAUUAUUUCACAUACUUCAGCUCACAAAGUAUUCCAAACUACAUACAUAUAGUAUAUACAUAUAGGGUACAUAAUGGAGCUGAUGAGAGAUUCCCUCCCCCCCCCCCUCUCUCUCUCUCGCUCUGUUUUUUAUCUACAACUUUGUACAAAGCUAAAAAGUAUAUCAAGCAUUUACACACAUAUUAUAGGUAUAUACUUCCAUUUAUUAUAGUAUAUAGAUAAGUCGAAGCUAAGAUUCUGCCAGAAACAAAAGAUAGUGAAAUAAAACGCAAUCAACGAACAAUAAACUGUUAAAUAAAGCAACUGCCAACAAAAGAAUUUUUAAAUAAAAUCAUUAAUAGAAAAACAAAACAGCGAAAGAAGAGCGAAAGUUUUCGCCUAGCAAAUGUGCAAUAACUAAAGUUAUAAAACAAAACUCCCCCCGCUCCGAAACUCUAUAUACAAAACUCUUUGCACGCAUAUAUAUGUAUAUAUAUGAAUAUAUAUCUAGAUAUAUGUUUGUCUAACUAUAUGCAAAUUGGUUUUCAUUCAGUUAAAGGCGAAAAUUCUUUUGUUUUAUGCAAUGUUUCAGCUUUCGCCGCCGCGCGAAAGUGAAAAAGUUACAUAAAAGAAUGGAAUUUUAGUGUUCAGAAUUAGUUGCGAAAGUUUUGUGUAAUAAUAAAAGACAGCGAAAUUUAUUGCGCCAAGCAAACGAAAGAGGGUAAAGUUAAAAGUUAUAUGGAACGCAUACAUAUGAGUAUUUUAAGUAUUUGUUAAGUGUAUCAUUAAAGUCAGUGUAUAUGGAAACAUAAUCAAAAGUAAUAUAUAUAUA